UCAUCGCCCAUUGCCCCUCACCCCUCAUUGCUAUGUCACUUUUCAGGGAAUCGCCAGUGGUCUUGGACCAUCAGUUGCCGUUGCGCCUGGUGAGGUUGCCUUUAGAGUACCAGCAGCCACAUACCGCCAGCACAAACAACCAGCAAGCGUUUGACGACGGGUUCACACGCCACGGCGGGUUUGCAACCGUGGAACACAGCAUGUUUCAGACGAUUAGCUAUCGCCUCACAAGCGAUCUCAGUUCGCUCAUAUUAACGCCGCUCGCGCUCAAAAACGCGUUGCAGUUGCCGCACCAGCGCCUCCGCAUCGAGUUGCCGCGCCCGCUCCUCAACGCCGGCUGCUACGCCAUCCACAGCCAUGCCGAGCGCCUCGUAGUCGAUAUGGUGAUUGAAGGGGGUGUUUUUGUGACCGUGGUGGUCCAACUUAACGACUUUGUUGUCGGUUCCGUGUUGCUCCUUGAGGAAUUCCACACCUGGGGCAAAUGCUCGGUGCCAUACGCGUUCGACCACCGGUUCCCGAUCUUGGUGCGAGCCCUUUCCAGCACCUGUCUCGUGAUCGCGCUUAACGACGGCGGGUUGGUCCGCUUCUCCAGAGAGAACCUCUUGGGCGAUUUCAGCGUGGAUAAUUUUUACGACAGUUCGUCCUCGCUUGUUGAACGCCUCUUCGGGUUCCAGAAGGAGCAGGCGGUAUCUGAGCGGGCUAUUAUCGACGUCUUGUUGAUCGGGGCCCAGCACGUUGCCACGUUGACCCUUAACAAGAAGCUCAAGAUUUUCAAUCUCCGGACUUUGGGCUUGAGCUAUGUCAAGAACAUAAACGACUACUUGUCCAAGGCCUAUCACAGGACAAACUUGGACCUCGAGCAUGCCAUUUCCGUGCAGUUGUUGCAGGUCUUGGAGGCAGAGACCGUGCAGGUGGCUGUGUUGCUUCCGCAGAUCGGCAACGGUGCCUUUUUCGUGUUAGAGCUCAGCUGUGAGGACGAAGCUGUUUACUUGAUGGACCACAAGGAGGUAUCCACCCAGUUGCCCGCUUCUAUUGCCACCUCGGAGGACUCCAUUGCUAACCCUGGGUUUUCAAACAUCUGGGUUGUUCAGGAUUACAAAUUCACGCUUCCAAUCAAGUCUGACUACAGACAUAUGUUUUGGGUCUUGUGGAAAUCAAACACCACGUCCAAGAUCCAGUACAUUACCGUUAAUACCAACGACUUGGUCGAGUACCACGACCACUUUGUCGGCGAGACGGACUGCCUCAACUUUGACACCGAGCUUGUUGGCGACAACUACCCUGAGUUCUAUCUCGACAAGUUCUUCAAUCGCAGCAACUACUCCACCCAGGUCAUCGAAACAUCACUCAGCGUGUUCUCCUCCUUCUACAACAAUGGUGUCGCCGUGGAGCCCCACAUGUCCUUGCGUCGCCGCGUCCGCGCGGCUUUAAACGCCAACCUCUCGUCCGCGCUCUCCACCAGCAGGGUCUACGAGAAGGAUGUAAAGAACCAGUGCAUCAAGUUCGAUCUGCUAUGCCAGCAGUUCCAGAAGCUCGCACGCGAGCUGAUUGCCAUGGUAGUGAUGCCGCUGUCGAGCAUCUACAUCUUGCGAGGCUACGACUACUCACUCGUGAGGCCCGUGGACGGGUCUCUCGAGGCGGCGUACGUGCUGCAGAUUUACUCCGAGUUGGUGGCCGGAGCUAAGGAUACCGGCUUCCAGGUAUCGUUGGUAAGCUUUAUGAAGUUGCUACGGGCGUUGAAACGAAAGUUAUCGACCAAGACGUUGAAGGCGUUGCGCCACAAGCUUCUCGAGGAGACCGUUGACGCGGUGUCCGACGACGCGGCCAGGAUUGACGCGAUCUACGAGGAGGUUUUCCAGGAGAAGCUUACCCAGGAGUUUAUCCAGGGGGUGUUAGCGGGACUCGGCGGCAUUCAGAACUUGGACCAGGUUCUUGAGUUCUUGGUGAACCCUACACUUGCCGACGUGGAUGACACACCUGCUUCCAGAAACACGCUCGGGACCUGGGGCAGCAUGAUGGUAUACAAACAGUGCAGCGAGUUUGUCCAGUUGCAUUCCAGCCUCGUGUUUGAAAUGUUGAUUUUAAUGGUCAUCAUGGACACAAACUCGGAAACCAGCAUGUACUACCGCAAAUUGGUGUGCCUUUUCCUCGCGUACGAAAUGGCGACCCAGGCCAUGGGGCUUUGUUUUGAGGAUGGAAAGUCUGCCGUGUUGGAAAACGCCGGCCCGAGCAGCGCUGUGGACUCCUUGUUCAUCAGAGGAUUUGCGACGAGGCAGGACCUAACCCCCGCCAACCUCUCGAGCGGCCUCUCCAAGCUUGUGUUCGACCACAUCACCAACCCCUGUGCGGUCAACUACCUUGUGGCUGAGUUGCUCAGCUGCCAGUUGCCAGCAGUGGCCAUCACCUUUGCCCAGUAUCUCACCACAUCUAAGGUACACCAAUUUUUGCGGGGCUUGCUCUACUACGCGAAUGGGGAUGCGUUAAAGUUCCAGGCGGUGUUUCAAAAUGCUGCGAUCCACGCUUACGUGCCAACCCACGCGGAGUUAAAGUCACUACGGGCGCUCAGCAAAACCGGAGCCAGCUCCUUGUCUUUGUUCAACACCACUGAGGUCCAGUACUACCACCAGCUCAGCCAGAUGGCCGGACAGGGCGGAUACACAACCGCCGCCAUUAAGUUCGAGUCCCUAGCGCAGGCAAAGGGUGAGGAGAGCCCGGAGCGCAGCUUGCGCUUGUUUGAGUUGACCUUGGAGGUGGGUGAUUUCCAGAGUGCGUACCAACAUCUCACCGCGUUGCAUCGUGCGGAGACCCACCGUGACUUGGUGCGACGCUUCGUGGAGAUGGUGUUGGUUAAGAGCGAGGUCAAGAGCUUGAUGCGGUUUCCCACCACCACCGACCUCUUGUUGUUCGACGGUGUUUUGCUUGACAUGGCUCGCGAACAGGUGAACUUGAAGGCCGCCUUGAGCUACUACAAAGUGUUGUACAGCUUGCGGUUGAGCUUCGAAGACUACCGUGGGGCCUGUGAGGCGUUGUACUCCUUCAUUGCCCGCUACGACGGUAACCAGAGCGCUGUGGUUCCGGGGAUUAUCGAGUUGGAUGCCAAGAAGCUCAACAUGGUUGUGACUGAGCUCUACUUGGUGAUUUUGAACUUGUUGAACACCUUGGGGGAGACGACGGAAAAGUGGUUGAUCAAGUACGACCAGGAGCAGAAUCAGUUGGUGACAUACAGCCAAUUGAAGGCGGAGUCCACCGCCUGGAUGAACAAGUUGGAGGCGGGUCUCUAGAUGUAUAGAGGCGGAGUAUGAUAUCUUAUGAUCAGUGUAUGCAUAAAUCAAGACUGGGAAUGUGAUUGAAGGUACACGCCUGCCGAUGAUAACGUGCGAUUCGAGAAUAGAGAUGAACACAAUGAGUGUUUCUAAUACUAGUACCUAACUCUACUUCUGCUGUUGUUUAAGACCAUUACAUAGCUCUAAGGACAAAAUGAAACCCCUAGUACCAAUAAAACGUUAUUUUCAAUCCACCA